AUGAACAGUGAAAAUUAUAAGACAGAAAUCCAUAAUAUGAUUGAAAAUGGUAAAGAUCCAAAGGACAUGGUUAUUUAAAUGUGCCGACCAUAAUGCAAAUGGUAUGAUGAUAAGUACGACAGAUGUGUAAAGGCCUUCCUUUCAUUGAAAAAUGCUGAUCCUGAAAAAAAUUGUAUGUACCCUUAUCGAGAUUUGGUGACUUGUGUUGAAGCCUGUGUAUAGCCUAAAAUAUAGCAUGCUCUGAGAGGAAACGAGCACGGUUCAAUAUUUGCAUGAAAUAUAUAAAUACAUAUAAAUAUAUAUAUUAUAAUCAAAAUGAAAUAAAAAA